AUGACACGUUUCACAUUUAUGUCUGAAUCUCCCCGUUCUAUUCAGGCUGGAGAAUUUGUUCUUACAUCAAUUUUGAGGAGGGAUGGUGGUCGAAGCGUUAACUGCAGUGGUUGUGUUCUCCGGAUGGGGAAUCAAUUUGAUUAUUCUGGCAGAGCAAAAGCUAAAUCUGAUUGUUUUAACAGGGAAGAAGCUAGGGUCAUUGAUAAGGAAACUGGGAUCAUGCGAGAAUUCAAAGGUACUUUGGAUGAUUUGAACAAGUCUCUUAAUGAGAUAACUGAGUUCCUAACUGAUACCGGCAAUUUGAUCAAUGAUUACGGUUGGUUUAGGGAUUCUGGGUUGUGGAAGAAGUCAGACUCGGAAGUGUUUAACAGAAUUUAUGAAUCAACCAGUAACUCAUUUGAAAGAGUAAUUUUUGGAAGAGAAAGUGUGAUAAAGGAGUUAUUGGAUAAAGUAGAAGAUUUGGCAUCUCAAAGGAUUAGUGUUAUUUCAAUAGUUGGUAUUACUGGCAUUGGAAAGACUACGGUUGCACAAUCAUUGUUUCGUGAACCCCAGAUUAUUGAGCAGUAUGUUAGAAUCUGGUUCUCUAUGCAUCAGGAUUUCCAUUUGGACACAAUUUUAAAAAGUAUUAUUGAGAGUCUUACAGGGGAAAAAUUUGAAGUUUUGAAUUCUCAUCAUCUUCAUGCGGAGUUCAUGAGACAUAUUCGAGGGAGGUGUAUUUUUCUAGUACUAGAUAAUGCUAGACAUGAACUAAGAAAGGACUGGAGUGAACUCUUGAGCACUCUAAGUUGUGCUGCAAAAGGAAGUGUUGUAUUAGUUACAACACAAAGUCCCGUGGUGUCGUCGGUAAUUGGAAGCCGACUGGAAUAUGAAUUGCCAAAGUUGUCCGAUGAGGAUUGUUGGUUUGUGUUUCAUCAAACGGUGUUUCCGUCACAAGAUUAUGAUGAUAUAAAGGAGUGGGAGUCUAUCUUAAACACAAAGUUGUGGAAUCUUCCCCUUGAUGACAAUGCUGUUGCUCAUUCGCUGAGAUUGUGCUAUUACCAACUACCAAAAUAUCUUGAGGUCUUAGUUCCUUACUGUGGCCUUCUCUCUAGGAACUUCCAAUUUGAAAAAGAAACAUUGGUGCAAUUAUGGAUGGCCGAGGAGUUGAUACAACCGAAGGGAAAUAUGCAGUUAGAGGAUUUAGGCCAUUCAUACUUUGAUGAAUUAGUGAAGAGGGGCUUUUUCGUACGUUCAAGUGAUGAAGAUGUUCUCAAGUUCGUGGUUCAUGGAUUUGUUAAUGAUAUGGCUCAAUUGGUAAAUGUGGACGGGUCGUUCCGCUCGGUUAUAAGCGAGAAGUCUGAUCUACUACAAAACACUGAUUUUGUUCGUCAUGUUUCCAUAGAUAUGGGUGGACUUGGGCUUGAAGACCUUAUAAGCUUCAAAAGAUUAAGAACUAUCUUAAUGCUUUCUGGAAGUGGUUCAAUUAGUAUUAUAACUCCACCGGAUAUGAACUCAGGAUGUACUGCACUUACCGAGUUACCUGAAGGGAUUGGAAGAUGUGAGAGUCUCCGACACCUUGAUAUAGAUGAGAGUUCUAUAUUUGCAACACCUUCUGAUAUUGGGAAGUUAACUCAGCUCCAAGGGUUGAGAAGAUUUGCUGUUUCACUUGGAGGAUGCAAUAUUAAUCAGUUGGAGAACUUGAAUAUGCUUAGAGACUCUCUUUGCAUUUCAGGGUUGGAACACGUUGAUGUUAAGGAUAGACCCUAUGGCUGUGUGGUGGAAAAAGAAAAUCUUAAGCGGCUAAAAUUAGUGUGGCCUUCUUCUCGAAAAGUUGAUGAAUGGAUCGCUCUGUUUUUACAACCUCACUCUAAUCUUAGAGAGCUAGUGAUUCAAGGAUAUCCUGUUCCAACAUGGAGUGUACCAUGGCAAUGGAGUUCCGCAUCCUCCCUUGAAAAGAUUGAACUGGUUAAUUGUGAUAAUUUGAGGAAUAUUAUCAUCUUGAGGGACUUGCCAUCUUUAAAGACAUUAACUCUUCAAGGUAAUAAAUCUGUGGAGAAAUUUGAUGUUCAAGGUUUUUUUGUAUUUGAGGAGCCACACAGCGGCUUUAAAUCAUUGGAAGAGUUAUCGUUUGUUUCGUGGACGAGAUGCACUGCGUGGACUGUUUUGGAAGAAAGUCAUAUGCCAAAACUUGGCAAACUAUCCAUCAUGAAAUGCCCUCUAUUGAGAACCGUACCAGACUUCGGCUGCUUAUCCUUGUUGAAUAAAUUGGAGUUGGUGGAGUGUAAUUCUCUUCGCUAUUCAGUUGGGAGAAUGCGCCCCCCUCAACUGGAUGUUUUGAGCAAUGAUAGAUGCCGCCAUUUAGGACCACGUGCAGCGAACGUUGAAGGUUGGCCCUUCCUUUCCCCUCCUAAUCAGCUGGCAUAGUUCUAGGUCAGGUAUGGAAGCUGGCGAGAAAAGGUGGCUAGUGAUGAUAUUUAUAAGGAGAGAGACUUCUUGGGCUUCUAGAUGCAUCUUUUGUGGGACUGUGCAGUUAGUUGAAGGAUAUGGCGAUGAACCUGUGAUCUUGUUGCUUUUACUAGGGAUGGUGAGGUGAUCUGAAUGAUUUCUUGUCAAGACAUAAAACGAGAUUUGUUUAGUUUUGUUUAGUUGUCGUGUUCAGCAUUUGGCUGAUGAGGAACUCUAUAAUGUUUGAGGAAGAGAAGUUCAAUGUGAGAAAGAUUCAAGUUAAAAGUUUUUCAAAACCCAAGUGGGGGAUGACUGGGUACUCUGUGCAGUACUGUUUGAUCUUUUGAUUUUGACGAUAGAAAAUUAGGUGUUGGACUCUCGUUUUGCUGCGAUGUGCCUCUGGUGGUAACCCAGGUUAUAUUUGUAGAAAUUCCAGUGGUGGUUUUGCUUUUGCUAAAGCUUUUGAUUUUCUGGCAGAGAGACUAUGGUAGUGUCAUGCCUUUGGAAUGGGGCUGCUAAGGACAUAGAGUUGUUAAGCUUGUGUCUGAUUCUAUGAGUGUGUUGAAAAAAAAUGAAGUUCUGUGGGUGGCAGAAGUAAAAUGGCAAAGAAUUCUGAAGAUUUUGGAUACUACUAGCUUUUACAGAUUUAGAUGAGGGUGUUCUGGUGGCAGUUUUAUUUUGUUUUUCCUUGCCUUGUUUGCUCUUGUUUCAGGGUUCUUAGUUCCUGAGUUGUUAGAGUUUAUACAAGUGUACUGUCACUGGGUCAUGCAAUGCAGUUCUAAGAAAAAUGAACACAGUAGCCCUACCUUACGCUGCACCAUAGCUUACUGACAUUUCUACAUUUUGUGAA